CUUGAGAGUUUCAAUGUAUUUGAUAUGUGGCAUCCCCAUCCACAGCAAGAAGGCGAGCGAGUCGUAAAAUGAAAAAUCAUCGGUCAGGCAGCGACGUUGUCGACUGCGACCCAAAGCACAACGGCACAGCAACGACAACGAUUACCAACCGGGCACAGCGCAUACGGCAGAACACACAAACAAACAUACGCACGCUCACACAAACACCAGCUAGAGCACAAUGAACGCGCAGUCUUGUAUUUGAAAUAAAAUCCGGAGAAGGGAAAGGGAGGACCACGAAGCGAACCACAAAAGAGAGAUGAAGAUAAAACGAGGAAAAAAUGAUGUCGAUUUUUGUUCGUCGCUCGCGUAGACUGCGAAACUUGAAAUUGAAUUGAAAAUUAUUUUUACUGUCGUUGGUGUAGAGGAGGCGAUUUUGAUGAUAAAGUAAAGUUUUCCAAGCGUAAACGAGCCAUUAUUGACCAAUUUUGAACUGAGCCAUUACGAUUCAUCCACCACCACUAAUACCAUUGUCAUUAUCAUCACUACCACAGUUGCGAGUGUGGUACCAAUACCAGCAACCACCAGUGCAACCACUGUUUUGCUAACCAACAUUGCCAUCGAUCGAUCCAUCUGCCGAACGCGAUAGCUGCGGCGGCAAUAGCACCGGGCAUACACUUUUAGAGGAAAAUACUUUCGGAAACGCCAACGUGAUCGCCACCUUUAACACAGCAGCGGUCUUCGAUAUGACAACUAACAAGGACAUUGCGUCGUUCUUCGAGAAUGGCAACACGUACCAAUUCGAGUACUGCUAUAAACUUUAUCCCCAAGUGCUAAAAUUAAAGGCAGAAAAGCGAAGCAAAAAACCACAAGAGCUGAUACGUUUGGACGAUUGGUAUCAAAACGAGUUGCCAAAGUUGAUAAAAGCACGAGGGAAGGAUGCCCACAUGAUAUACGACGAGUUGGUGCAGACAAUGAAAUGGAAGCAGUCUCGUGGAAAGUUUUAUCCACAGCUCUCGUAUCUGGUGAAGGUAAAUACGCCGCGCGCCGUUAUGCAGGAGACAAAGAAAGCUUUCCGUAAGCUGCCCAAUCUUGAACAGGCCAUAACGGCACUCUCAAAUCUCAAAGGGGUUGGCACCACCAUGGCAUCCGCGCUAUUGGCAGCUGCUGCACCUGAUUCAGCGCCAUUCAUGGCAGAUGAGUGCCUAAUGGCAAUUCCAGAAAUCGAGGGUAUUGAUUAUACCACCAAGGAGUACCUCAAUUUUGUGCAGCACAUUCAGACUACUGUUGAACGCCUAAAUACCGAGGCUGGCGGCGAAACACCGUUUUGGUCGCCACAUCGCGUGGAGCUGGCUCUCUGGGCCCAUUAUGUUGCGAAUGACUUGAGUCCAGAGCUGUUGGAUGAAAUGCCCGGACCAGGCGCUGGUGGCGGUGCAAAUACCAAUGGUAGUGCAGUAAAGGCAGCAACACAGGCAGCUAAAAUAAUUAGUGGUGAGGCUGACGAUACAAAUGACGGCGAUGAUGAAAGUUUAGGUGCAGCUGAAAAUGAUCACACCAACACAGCACCCAUUGUAAUAGCGGCUAGUGCUUUGCAGGAUGGCGAUUCUAACUUUGUUUCAAACGACUCCACUUCACAAGAGCCCAUCAUUGAUGAGAACACCACACAGACCACUGCUACAACCUCAACCGACGAUGGCGAAGUUGGCACACCACUCGCCUCAGAUUCAGAGAGCAACUUGGAGGCACCAGAAAAGGCUAAACUUAAACACAACAACAGUAAUAGCAGCAUAAAUACAAACACAAAUAGUAAUAGCGACAUUGAAGGCAUUGGCCACCUUGUGAGCAACAGCCGACAGAAGGAAGCUGCCGCUACGGUCGUAGGAAAUGGCAACGGUAAUGGAAAUGGUACUUUAGCGACUUUGGUUGCACCUGGUAGUGAUGGAGAAAACAGCAGUUGCUUGCGUUCAACGGGAAAUGAGGAAGGGAGCGAGGAAGAUGAGGAAGACGCAGAGGACGAAAGCAGUAACAGCAACAGCCGCCACAUCGGACAGAGCCACAAGUCAAUAACGCCAGUGUUUGGCGGUAAUGAUGCUAUAAAUUACACCACAGCCAUCGCUAGCGACUCCAACAACGAUACCGCCCUCAGCAGUGUUGUCGGAGCCGUUGUGGCGCAGAAGCGAGCAUUGCAAUGCGCCGAUGGUGGCAGCGAAGUCGACGGAAUCUUAACAUCAGAUGAAGCACACAGUCCACCAGAGCUGAAGAAAGUACGAAACGAAUAAGUUACAAUGGAUAAGCGGUUUAACUAGAGCGUAAUUAAAAUAUAGCAUAUAGAGUGAAUGCGCGCUGCCGGUGGGGCAGGAGAAAAGACACAAACCUAAAAAAAUAACGUAAAGUGCCGCAAGACGAAUGAUCGGAGUAGCGCGCGCAGCAUUGCAGGAUCACAUUCUUUAACAUUAAGUAAAAUUUUUACAGAUAACACCUUAACAAAGAAAAAAAAAACAAAAAUGUGGAAAUUAAA